CUCUAGUCUCUACCUUUCAGCCUCAUAGGCGAUAGCAAGUCCAUAACUAGAAUGGAACAGCCGACCGGCGAGCAGGAUCAGGAUGAGCUCAACCUUGAACUCACCCUCCUCAUCCCGGCUACACCGGGUCCCGAUGAGGGCUUCUUCCUCUGCGCGUACUGCGACCGUAAGUUCCUCAGCUCGCAGGCGCUCGGCGGCCACCAGAACGCGCACAAGCACGAGCGCAGCGUCGCCAAGCGCCGGCGGCUGAUUGCCGCCGCAGCGCGCACGCACGGUGCCGGUGCGCCUACUGCAGCGCAGGAUGAGGGCCAGACGGGGUAUGGCGGCAGAGGGGGCGGCGAUUUCCUGUCUGCGGAUGGAAAGGCGAGAAGGACGGAGCCGUGGAAGUCUGCCGCUGUUGGAAAGGCGUGCGAGCGUGGCAGGACAUCGUCGGAGCACGGCGCCGCUGACGAGGUGGACUUGGCUCUCAGGCUAUGAUCGAUCUGCUCAUGUGUUCCUGAUCCCGGCCCAGUUACCCGCCCUGAUUUGCUAGUUGACCUCGCGCAUCCGCGCUGUUUCGGUAUGCUAUAAGGUCUUCUUUCCUGACACAUAUGUACUUGUGAAAUUGCUUCUAUGCUUGCCUGUUUCAAGCUCUGCGUGUG